UAAUUAAAUAUUAUAUGCAAACAACAUUAGUUAAUAUCAACGAUCAUACAAGUAAAAAGAUAUGGAUACAUAUAAAUAACAAUAAAUCUUAUACAAUUGAAAAAACUCAUCAAUAUAUAUCCUUUUUUACAUUCAAACAUCGUCUUUUUAACAUUUUUUACACAUUUAUCGUAAUAUUCCCUAAUAUUCCCCCAAUUAUAAUAAAUUUAAUAAAUUUUUUUUUUUCUUUUUUUUCGUUUCGUUCAAAGAGUGAAUUCUAAGUCGUGUGUACGUGCAAUUAAUUUGAUUACAUCGUAAUGACAGUAUAAUGGACAGGGGGGCAACGGAUACACGUUCAUAGGAGCGGAAGUUAAGUACACACAAUCAGGAUCGGAAGUAAUUCCAGCGGCCGAACUCUGUGAUGGUAUUGUUAGUCGAUCUGCUGCUCGAAUAAUAAUUGACAUUCGGUAUAUUUACACUGUACGAUCGCAAAGUGUCAAUAUCUUUCCGGAUGGGAUGGAAACGUCACUCGGUAGCUUUAACUCCGUGACACGGUGUUCGUUCAGUAUUUGCCGUGAAUCUAUGCCCGUGACUUCAUUCUCGUUCCAGAGGUACGUAAUACGUAAUGUAAAGAUAAAUUCGAAUGAAUCCGUUCCUCUUAACGUUCGAUAAAAAUUCGUUGCGAAAUUUGUACACUCUGUGUUGUGUGUUCAAACUUCGUACGAGAUAUGAGAUAAGAAUUUAAAAGAAUCUAUUUAAAAGAAAAAGUGAAGUAUACUGUACUUACUUAUCGGAAUUUCUUCGAAUUAGUUUUACAAAUGAUUUUAAACCAUCCGAUUUAAUAGAAAACGUUAUAUGGGAAAAUAAUUAAUAAUUGAUUAAUUAAGGAAGUUAUUAUCGAUACGAGUUUAUAACGAUAAUAUUAAUUUUUCGUAAUUUUUUUCGUCUUUCAACAGAGAAAAUGGGCUGUGCACCUAGCAGAUCAUCGUGCAAGAAGGGUGGUAUUCGAUUAAUGGCCACGAGGCUUACUUUCACCAAAGGUCAGCUGUGCAACCUGAACACAUAUUUCCGUAAACUGGUCGAGGAGGCUGAAAACGACGUUUCUAACGCCUCUGCGAUCGAAGCCACCGUGGAAAAAUUGGUCCAACGUUUGAUGCGGGGCGCGAGCGAUCUCGAUCCAAGAUUCUCGUCCAUGUUCCUCGUUUCGUUGAACGAGCCACGACGAAUAAAGCGACUCAGGUUCGAGUAUCUUUUACGGAUAGAUGCAUUAUCGAGUUCAAAUCCAGAGCAAGAAUUCGAUUCGAGCGUGCGGGUCGAGGAGGAUGCAUCCUUGCCUGGCUUCGUUCAUUUAAAGAUACUUGGGAUAGGUGCUAAGGAAAUUUGGAGGGAGUAUGUGGACGUUGCGGGAAGGUUGAGAAGGGAUCUCGUGAAAGCGAGAUUGGCAAAUUUAUUGGCCGCAUCUAUCAAACAAGAUACCGAUACGGAAGAUGACAGAAUUUGUGUUUCACCCGGUCAAGUGGUCGAGGCCGAUAUCCUCGAUAAAAUAUUGAAACAGCCGGAUCAUUGCCGGAUAUUCUACGGGCCAGGUAUUUUGGAGGAAUCGAGGAGGUGUGAUCGAGUGGCCAUGAUCGAAGACAGCGAAGGGAUAUUGCUCAGAAUCGUCGUGGACGGUGUCAAGUCUCGCGAGGUCGAGGUUAGACUGUUAAUCGGGAUCGGAUUGUCGUCGUGGCCCUGUUCAACGGAUUACCCUCAACGAAUACCCCUCUAUCACUGCGACGCUCUCCUUCAUUACACAGCGGCGCAAAGCGGUAUGUACGCGGUGGCCGUUGGCCCGUGUUCCGGCGCACGUUGCGAGAACCGAGCAACCCUCUGGAGGGUACGUGUCCCGGCAGCCGAGAAAAUUAUGAGCCAGCACUACGCCUCCGACAGCGUGCCUUCCCUCACCGAAUCCGUGCUCCUCGAAAUUUUGUACGAGUUACGAAGGGAAGGGAGCAGUUUGAAUUCAUCGACGAAACCGAAGGUGAACGGUGCAGCAUCGUCAGAAGCGCGUCUACGAGUAGUUUCCAGACACAUAUUGAGAACCGUGCACCGUUGGAGGCUGGAAAGGGGGGGGCCGGAUCCGUUGACGAGCUGGGCGCCCGAUACCCUCUCGCGUCACGUUCUAUUAGCGUUGGACGAGUUGGUCGCUGCUCUGAAACGCCAGAACUUGAGGUGUUACCUUUAUCCGCGCUGCAACGUGAUGCUGCAAUGCGCGAGAGGUGGAAUACCGCAUCGAGAAGAUUCUUACGCCUCCGAUUGCCGUUCCUUGCAAUCUUACUUGGAAACGCUUCACUCUUCCUCCUUCUCGAUCACGCGUGGCGUUGCCAGGCCCCUCGACCUCAUGGAGAACGAGCUUAUCCUCAGAUGGCGCGAGAUCGUCGCCUCUCAGCGCGGAAGAGGAUCGAGGAUCGACGACGAUUAUCACGGGUACAGCGAGAGGCAAUUCGAGUAUCUGAGCAUGAUCGUGGGACAAGCUUUGGCCGCUAGGGACGCUUUGUUACAGGACAAUUCGGAUAAUCGCUAUUCCAACUUGCCGGAACUCGUAUCGUAUUGCGCCACGGAACACGUGGAAAGUCUCGUGUUCCUGUUGAGGCUAGUUUCGACGCAGGCUUGGGAUCAGAUUCACCUGGAACGAAACACUCGAAUCCACGAUCAUGGUUACGCGAGAAGGAACAGGCAUUAUUACAACACGACCAGUCAAUUCGACUGCUCUGUUGGACUUUUAAUCGAUGCCGUUAGGAUGGAUCGAGAGACUGUCAACACGGAUUUGGAGUCGACGCCUGAGAUGACCAAGAUGCUUCUACAUUGGCUACACUUCGGGGUGGAGAACGAUCGAAAGAUCCUCGAUCCUGUCCUACGCCCGUACUUGAACAAUCUUUUCAACGGCACUCGCGAGCACGGUUGGUUGGCCGCCUCGUGGAAGAGGAGGGAACAAGUUUACCGGGGCGAGAUGGGAUCGUUGUCGAUGUUUUGCAAAUCUGUCGUGAUGGGGGAGAUUACGCCCGGGAACGGGAUCGUGGAUCAUCUGUCCAAGGGGUGGCGUUGGGCCGAGAAUAUGGCGGGGAUGAUCGAGCGUUCCGGCGAUUCUUUGCGGUUGAUUUUCCUUCCCAGGGAUCGAGCGAUUAAAUUCGACCUAACGUUCGCGGGGAACAAAGGGCCGAGCUCGUUCACGACGUGGAGCAAGGUUAGAAGCGUCAGCACGAUCGCGAGGAGGAGGAGGAGCAGCGUAUAUUCCAGAGCCAGCGAGUUAUUCGAUUCCCUGACGGGGUCGCAAAAACCAUCUGGCUACAAUAAUGGCGUUGCAGGACACGCGGAAUUGAGGGAUGCCAGCCCUUUGACGUAUGUCGCGUCGAUGAGCAGAUCCCGAGCCCGCCACCGCGGCCCCGGCGAUCUAAUCUCCGCCAUCGUCUCCCUCGGCAAAUUCAGGAUCGUGCAAGAAGCGGCCGCCUUUUUGCCACGAGAGGAGCGGGUGGUCGUGUUGGACGCGGUGCAACGCGUGGCCAGGGAAUUCUCUCGUCGCUCGAGGAAGACUGGAAGCGCGUACACAUCCGACUCGCCGAGGCAGGUUUAUAGGCCGAGGCCGGAGACGGAUCUCCCGGAUUCACGUCCCCCACGGCCAUUAUCGCCGGAAAUAAGGGAGCGGCGAAUCAUCGCCGAGCAUCAAAAGCAGCUCGAGAAGGAGAUACAAGAAAUGCACGAUACUUUGAUACGCGACGCGUUGAGGAGGCAGUUUUCUUCUUGCAACACCUGCGACUCGAACUCGUUGUCCUCUUUCAAUUCAUCGAUAGAUUCCAUAAUGGGGACGAUCACGUUAAGGAGAUAUCGAAUUCCAAUUUGGGACGCCAUUAAAAAGAAUUCGCCGGUUCGGUCGAGUUUACGCGAGAAUCAUAACACGGGCAAAGGUGAAUUUAAUACGCAGAUGAUCAGUCGAGAGGAGUCACCGACGUGGAGUACAAGGAUCGCUCGAAGCAAGGAAUUGGACUUGGAGAACGAAGAAUUGCCAUCUUGGGACGCGCUCGAGGCUACUCUGAAUAGAAGGCUGUGUAAUUACGGGGACGCCUUGCCAGAAUCCUUGGAAAGCGUUGAGGAAAAAUUACGUUACGAACGAACUACGCGGGAAUGACCCCCUUCCUUCCUCUCCCCGCUGGAAAAUCACUUUUCACUCUCGACGAGACGUAUUUUCCAUCCGACGAGGAAAAUGGAGAGCAGGCUUUUAACGUACGCUGCGACGCGUCGAGAUGCGUCGUGCGUUCAUCGAUUGCGACGCAAUAUCCAACAUGGAGUGAAUCGAGUUUGCGAAUUUUUGUUUGCCCGGUUUUGAAAAGUCGUCGAAUAAAGUGUUUCGAGUAUAUUUAAUAGGAAGAUGGUUGUAUCGGAGCUUGUUCAUCAUCCCGUCGAUGAAACUCGUCGAUGGGAAACUUAAUUCUCGCAGACAACGAAGAGUAACUUCACGCCUCUCUCACGGAAGUGCUCUCGUUCACUC